AUGCUGAUCAUGGCUGUAGAAUCCAAAGCCCUCAUGAAGCCACCAUCUCUGGAGCCACUGGUUGACUACCCUGAUGCAGGCAUCCUGGCACCACCAACUACUGCCAACUGGAAGGAUGGAAGAGAAUACCACCUGUGCCCCCAACUUCCUAAACUCAGCCCCCAGCUCAUGGAAGUCCUUCAUAAUGCAGUCUGGACUACUCCCAGCCGCAUCAUUUAUGCCCACAUGGACAAGGACCAUGGGAUAGUAGUUGGAGGGCUGGAUGAGAUCAGGAAACCUUUCAGUGAGAUUGCUGAUCUUAGCUCCAGGCACACAGGAGACCUGUCUUGCCAUAGGAUCCGGUCAGCGAUUGGCCCUUCCAUGCCUCUCAGGGACACAGAGUGGAUGAAUGGCUCUGCAGUCUCAGAGUUCAUUCUCCUGGGCCUGUCCCGCUCUCGUGCUCUCCAGCUCCUCCUCUUUGCCUUGGUUUCUGCCACCUAUACCACCAUCCUUCUAGGCAACUUCCUCAUCAUGGCAACAGUGUGGACAGACUCCCACCUCCUCCAGUCCCCCCAGUAUUUCUUCUUGUCCAACCUCUCCUUUAUUGACAUGGCACUGGGUACUGUAACUGCUCCUAAGAUGCUUCAUGACCUGAUAAACCAAGACAAUACCAUCUCCUAUGGUAGCUGCAUGACCCAACUCUUUUUUCUACACCUCCUUGGUGCCUCUGGAAUGUUUCUUCUCACUCUCAUGGCCUAUGACCGCUAUGUGGCCAUCUGCUACCCACUGAGCUAUACAGCCAUCAUGCACCAUCAGCGCUGCUUUUGCUUACUUCUGGUCUGCUGGGCUGGAGGCCUGCUUCAUUCUACUACUCAGUUAGCUUUGAUCAUCCAGCUGCCAUUCUGUGGUCCCAGCGAGCUGGACAAUUUCUACUGUGAUGUGCCCCAGGUGGUCAAGCUGGCAUGCAUGGACACUUAUGUAUUUGAGAUACUUAGCAUGUUCAGCAGUGGCCUUCUCUCACUGCUGUGCUUCUUGGUCUUGCUGGGGUCAUAUAGUUUCAUCCUAGUGAAACUAAAGAGCCACUUUGAAGAUGGAAGCGGAAGGAAAGCUUUGUCUACCUGUAGUUCCCACUUGACAGUAGUGAGUCUCAUCUUUGUGCCUUGCGUUUUUGUUUACUUAACGCCUUUCUCCAGCUCAAGGAUAGACAAGAUGGCCUCUGUCUUCUAUACUGUCAUUACACCAAUGCUCAACCCCAUUAUCUACACGCUGAGGAACCAGGAGGUCAAGGAAGCCAUAAGGCGGUUGAGGAGCAGGUGUGUCCUCUGCUGGGCAUAA